AGAUAAUUUAGAAGUAUUAUUUGAAAAGUGAGAGUAAAAAAUUAAAGCUAAAAUGGCUGUUACUGUUUUUGAUUUCAAACAACUGUUUUGCAUGGUUAUCUUACGCCUAUGUACAAAAUUAAGCUAUUGCAUUUUUAUUCAGCAUAUACAAGUGUCAGUCUCACCCACUCUUGAAGAAAUUGUCUGAUUAAACUUUGAAUCCAACCCCUUAAUUAAAUUCGUGCCGUAUAAUGUAUCCACGUGCUCAGGUUCUCAACGUUUUGCAUAUUUUAAUACUUAAGAUUUAAUCAUUUAUAUAAAGUGUCAGCACUGGAAGUUGAGAAAAUUUCAGAAACAGGGACUGGUCAGAAAGUUUGCUUUUAAAAAAAAAAGGUUCUUUCUGUUUAAUUUGGGUAUAUAUGUUGUUGGGUAUAUCCAGUUUAAACUUUGGAAAUUUGUGAUUUACUGAUUUUGGGUUGAAUUGAGCUGAGAUGGAGGAAAGGUAUGAGCCAUUGAAAGAACUAGGUUCUGGGAAUUUUGGGGCGGCAAGGCUAGUGAGGGACAAGAAAACAAAGGAGCUUGUUGCUGUCAAAUAUAUAGAAAGAGGGAAGAAGAUUGACGAGAAUGUGCAGAGGGAAAUCAUAAAUCAUAGAUCAUUGAGGCAUCCAAACAUUAUCAGAUUUAAAGAGGUAUUGUUGACUCCGACACAUUUAGCAAUCGUGAUGGAAUAUGCAGCAGGGGGAGAACUUUUUGCUAGAAUAUGCAGUGCGGGAAGAUUUAGUGAAGAUGAGGCUCGCUUCUUCUUCCAACAGCUAAUAUCUGGAGUCAGCUACUGUCAUUCAAUGGAAAUUUGUCACAGGGAUUUGAAGUUGGAAAACACGCUCCUUGAUGGAAGCCCAACACCACGUCUAAAAAUAUGUGAUUUUGGCUAUUCCAAGUCUGGAUUAUUGCAUUCACAACCCAAGUCAACAGUAGGAACGCCUGCUUACAUUGCUCCAGAGGUCCUCUCGCGGAAGGAAUAUGAUGGGAAGGUUGCAGACGUGUGGUCAUGUGGGGUGACACUGUAUGUGAUGUUAGUAGGAGCAUACCCUUUUGAGGAUCCUGAAGAUCCUAGAAAUUUCCGUAAAACUAUUGGGAGAAUAAUGAGUGCCCAGUUCUCCAUACCGGAUUAUAUAAGAAUAUCUGCAGAUUGCAAGAACCUUCUUUCUCGAAUCUUUGUUGCGAAUCCAUCAAUGAGGAUCACUAUUCCGGAGAUAAAGAAACAUUCCUGGUUUCUAAAGAAUCUGCCGAAAAACUUGAUGGAUGGCGAGAAGGCGAACUAUGGCGAAGCUUCAGAGAAGUCACAGCAAAGAGUGGAAGAUAUAAUGCGGAUCAUACAAGAGGCAAAGAUCCUUGGAGAAGGGUCAAAACCUGAGCAAGCUCCUGCUGGGGCAACAGUCGACCCCGAUGACAUGGAAGGUGACCUGGAAUCUGAAAUUGACAACAGUGAUGAUUUCGUCGCUCAUAUCUGAGGUUGUCAUUUGAACUAGACUGAAGAGAAUAAAAAUUAUAGCAUGCAACUCUGAGUUGUUUAUAAUGUACAUAAGUUUAUCUGCCGUGAACUAUGAGUUUCAGGUGACCAAACUGUCUUUGAUGAACUUAACAGCAAAUAGAGCUUUUUGCUUGGUUAGAACGUAUAACACUUGUUAUGAAUUAACAGAAAUUCUCUUACUUCUC